GCUGAUACCAAAGGAAGGAGCACCAGGCUUUUCUCUCAGCUUGGGCAGGUGGGCAGAACAGAUGUGGUGGUGAGGCUUAAAAGGUGUCAGUCAUCAGCCACCAAAAAAUGGAUACUCUUUAGUAAUACACUGAAUAUGUAGUCUUGAAACUCCUGAUUUCUUGGUUGGGAAAGACAAACUUUUCUUCAUGCUAAUUUGUUACAUUCCUUUUCCUUCUGUACACCUAGAUUCCAUUGUAUGAUGUGCUUGUUGAUAUGCUUAUAGAAUACUAUUUAGAUAAAUUGCCUUAAGAUAUUUUUAUGCUAGCUUAAUGAAGAUGUUUGGAAAUGUUUAUUAGAUCAUAAAUGUUACUAAACAAUUUUAUUAGAACAAUUUUCCAGAGGAUUUUAAAAUGUGAAUUUCAAAGUAUGGUCUUGAACAAUUCAUUCCAUGGCUCAUUUUCAACUGUAGUAAAACUUCUUUUUUUUAUACAAUUUUCCCUUGCCAUUAUCUUUUCUUUCCACACGUUGUGACCCAGAUUGUAUGUUUCAUUUACAUUUUUUUCCCAGUUUACACCAAGGGGUACAUAAGUCAGGGGGUUGUUGGGAGACUCUUGUGACGUGAAAAAUGCAUAUGAGAUGGUGACAGGUACAAAGUAGAUGCUAAAUCUGAAGAGUUCCUUCAGGUCUUGAGUGAAAUAACUUGAAACAUCUUAACUGUAGUAGUUGGCUGUGGUCUGGUGCUUGGAAAUCAAGUGUGUGGAGGUUAACAAGCACACAGUGAAGUAAAUGAAAAAUAAUGAUGAAUAAGAUAGAAAGUCCCCACGAUUCCAACCCCAGUGUCUGACAAGGAGAUGAUCUGCAUUGCCAGUUGCCUGGAGGCCAUUCUGCCAUUUCCCAGUGACUGAUUCUUGUCUUCAGAGCCACAGGUCCCUGCACUGGAACGUGGGCUCAUAUUUCUUUUCCUUUUUCUUUUCUAAGCAAUCAUACAUGGUAUUGUUUUUAAGUAGGUUUCAUGCCCAGCUCAGAGCCCAAUGGACGGCUUCAACUGCUGACCCUGAAAUCAAGACCUGAGCUGAGGUCAAAAGUCAGACACCUAACCAACUGAGCCACCCAGGCACCCCGUUCUGGAGGCGAAAUGUGUAAAAUGGAUCCAUAGCGCCGUGCUCCGUCUGGAUAUGCCAGGACGUUAGCCACCUCUUGCUUUUAAUCCUGCAUCCACUGUCUUGCUGGUCAAGUGAGAACUUUAGACUUAGAGUCUACAACAGAGGGUGACCCCAACGUGAUGGAAGGAAAGGGGACUACGGGCUGACGUGGACAAGGAGUCGACAUGGCCAGGAGGUGGUGCAACACAAGGACUGCAGGAUGCUGCGGAAUGAUCAAGGAGUUCCAAGAAAAAAAAUGCACUGGGUACAGUCUCCCUGACGAGCCCACGUGGGACGAUUGCCAGCAGCUUUGGCAGGUCCUGUUCAUGACUGAGUAAAGAGAGAAUCCUCAAUGAGGCCUGAAAACUAGUUCCAGGCGCAGACGGGAAUCCCACCACCAACCAGGCUCAGAUAGAUGCCUCCUUCCCCUUAACUCAGCCCAAGUGGGAUUUCAACAUGGCAGAAGGUAAGGAGAGGCUCCGGGUCUACUGCCAGACUCUAAUCGGGGGGGGUCUCUGAAUGGCUGCUAGAAAGCCAACCAAUUUGGCCAAGGUAGGAAAUGUACAACAGGAAAAAGAUGAAUCUCUGGCUGCCUUUUUAGAACGGAUCAUGGAGGCAUUCCGUACUUAUACCCCCAUGGAUCCAGAGGCUCCGGAAAGCAAGGCAGCUGUUAUCAUAGCCUUUGUAAACCAAUCAGCCAUAGACAUUAGAAAAAAUUAGAGAAAAAAGACUAGGAGAAAAAACUCUGCAGGACUUACUAGUAGUAGCUGAAAAGGUAUAUAAUAACCGGGGGCCUCCUGAGGAUAAGCAGGCUCGCGCCAUGGCGGCUGCCAGCAGUAAGCAGACUCGAGACCUGGCCAGAAUACUACUAGCUACUACUGCUGACUCCCCCGAGGAAUGAGACCACCGUCUCCAGCAGCUGGCGGAUGACGCAAGAAGAGGUAAAGGAACCACCAAGGGGAGGAAGCAGAGGCUGCAGAAAGAUCAGUGUGCAUACUGCAAGGAGAUAGGGCAUUCAGCCUGAGAUUGUCCGAAAAAGGCCGGUGGGAAGGGAAACAAGACUGAUCGAGUAAAAGUCUUAGAGCUAGAUGAACUGAAUGAUUAGGGGAGUUGGGGUUCAGACCCUCUCCCCGAACCCAGGGUAACUCAAAGUGGAGGGGACCCCUGUUGACUUCCUUGUCGACACCGGAGCACAACAUUCAGUCCUCCGCACCCCACAAGGAAAACUAGCCAGCAAGAAGUCCUGGGUACAAGGGGCAACUGGUAUGAGCCAGUAUUCGUGGACUACCUGCAGAACGGUAGAUUUGGGGACAGGUAGGGUAUCCCACUCCUUUAUGGUAAUACCGGAAUGCCCCUACCUGCUGUUAGGGCAAGACUUACUGACCAAGAUUGGAGCUCAGAUAACUUUCAGACAAGGGGGGCCUCAGGUCACUGAUGACAAGGGCCACCCCAUCAGGUCCUGACCAUGAAACUAGAGGAUGAAUACCGCCUCCACCAGGAGGCACUCCUGAGAGAGGAUAAUAUAGACAGGUGGCUACAAGAAUUCCCCUCGGUUUGGGCAGAGACGGGGGGCGUAGGACUAGUCGCUCACAGGACCCUGGUCCUGGUAGAGCUCAAACCAGGAGAAGGUCCGGUAAGGAUCAAACAAUACCCCAUGUCUCAGGAGGUCUGGAAGGGGAUCCAGCCACACAUCCGGAGACUACAAAGCCUAGGGGUACUAGUUCCUUGCCAAUCUGCUUGGAACACCCCCCUACUGCCUGUCAAAAAGCCUCACACAAAUGACUAUCAACCGGUACAAGAUCUCUGGGAAGUAAAGAAGAGGGUCACGGACAUAAACCCAACUGAUCCCAACCCAUAUACUCUCUUGAGCUCCUUGGUGCCCUCCAGGGUCUGGUAUACUGUGCUAGAUUUAAAGGACGCCUUCUUCAGUCUGCCGCUGGCACCAUAAAGCCAACCCUUGUUCGCUUUCGAGUGGCAUGAUCCAGAGGAGGGCUACAGCGGGCAACUCACCUGGACACGGCUGCCUCAGGUGUUCAAAAAUUCGCCCACCAUCUUCUACAAGGCACUACACGAGGACCUGGGUGAGUACAGAAAGGAGCACCCUGGCCUCACCCUCCUACAGUAUGUAGAUGAUAUCCUGAUUGCUGCCGACACAGCCAAGGACUGGGAGCGAGGGACCCAGGACCUGCUGGCUACACUGGGGGCCUUAGGGUACUGGGCAUCCGCGAAAAAGGCUCAGAUAUGCAGGGAGAGGGUAAGUUACCUGGGAUACAUCCUGGAGGGUGGACAGCGGCGGUUAUCAGAUGCCAGAAAAGAAACUGUCCUGAAGAUCCCUAUUCCCACCUCCCAAAGGGAAGUAAGGGAAUUCCUAGGAUCGGCCGGCUACUGCUGCCUCUGGAUUCCGGGUUUUGCUGAGAUCACCAGGCCCCUAUACGAAGCUACCAAAGAGGGGAAAACAUUUAAAUGGACUGAAAAAGAAGAAAUUGCCUUUAAUCAGUUAAAAAAGGCCCUCCUAGGUGCCCCAGCCCUGGGCCUACCAGACAUUAUGAAGUCCUUCCACCUCUUUGUAGAUGAACACAAGGGAAUAGCAAAAGGGGUUCUAACUCGAGCCUUAGGCCCCUGGAACUGCCUGGUGGCUUACCUGUCCAAGAAGCUAGACCCAGUGGCUGCCGGCUGGCUGCCAUACCUAAGAAUUAUUGUGGCAACAGCACUCCUAGUCAAGGACACAAACUGACCCUAGGACGGGAGAUCUGGAUCACGACCCCACACGCCAUUGAAGGGGUCCUGAAACAGCCUCCUGAUAGAUGGAUGAGCAACACACCAUUACAGAGCCUCCUACUCAACCCUCCACGGGUGUGGUUCCACCCUAGUGCAGCCCUCAAUCCUGCAACCCUGCUGCCCGACCCUGACCUAGGUGCUCCACUACAUGACUGUGCGGGGAUCCUGGAGCAAGCACAUGGAUUCCGGACGGACCUGACCGACCGGCCCCUCCCCGAUGCCGAGGCUACUUGGUUCACUGAUGGCAGCAGCUUCAUGUGGGACGGACACAGGUAUGCGGGUGCAGCGGUGGUCACCGAAACAGACACCGUAUGGGCGGAGGCUCUACCCUCUGGAACGUCAGCCCAGCGAGCAGAGCUCAUCGCCCUCACCAAGGCACUGAAGCUGGGAGCUGGAAAACGGCUUAACAUCUACACAGCCAUUAUGCAUUUGCCACGGCUCAUAUUCAUGGGGCAAUUUAUCAGGAGAGGGGGUUAAUGAUGGCAGAAGGACGGACUAUAAAAAAUAAGCAGGAGAUACUUGACCUGCUUACGGCCUUAUGGCUUCCUGCCAAGCUGGCCAUUAUCCACUACCAAGGGCACCAGAAAACGGAUAACGUGGUAGCUAGAGGUAAUCGAAAGGCUGACCAGGCAGCCAAGGCAGUAGCCCUUACAUCAGUUCCCACCAUGACCAUACAACUACCGGACCCGGGACACCCAGUUUUACCAGACCAGCCCAAAUACUCCCAGGAGGAUUUACAGUGGAUCAAGAAACUCCCCAUGGCCCAGAAAAUAAAGGGAUGGUGGUAUACACCUAACAAGAAGCUCGUGCUGCCAGACCGGCUUGGAGUCUCAGUAUUAGAGCACAUGCAUCGGUCUACUCACAUGGGGGCCAGAAAAUUAAAAGACUUAAUCCGACAUGCCGGAAUUAAGAUUCACCAACAGGACACCAAAAUAGAGCAAGUUGUAUCUGCCUGCAAGACCUGCCAACUCACCAAUGCGAGAGCCACAUCAAAUAAAAAAGGAACCAGGCUCAGAGGCACCAGACCGGGAGCCCAAUGUGAGGUUGACUUCACUGAAGUUAAACCAGGAAAGUAUGGUUAUAAAUAUCUUUUCGUAUUUACAGACACCUUCUCUGGCUGGGUGGAGGCAUACCCAACCAAGCAUGAAACGGCUCAGACGGUGGCUAAGAAGCUACUAGAAGACAUCUUACCCAGGUAUGGUUUUCCUGCCAUGGUAGGAUCAGACAAUGGACCAGCUUUUAUCUCUCAGAAGGUGCACGAGGACAUUUGGCCGCACCUCUGUGCCAUCUAUGAGGCCGGCCCAACCCCGACACAUCACCAGUACAGGCCGGAAGACUGGGUCUACGUCAAGAGGCACCGCCGAGAGACCCUCGAGCCUGCUGGAAGGGACCCUACAACGUGGCGCUGACAAUCCCCACCACUCUCAAAGUAGACGGCAGCGCGACCGGGGUCCAUCACACCCACGUUCAGCCAGUGGACCCCUCCUCGAUCUGGAAGGACUUCAUCACACAAUGGGCCAUCAAUCGGGACCAACACAACCCGCUCAAGCUACAGCGCAUUCAACCCACCUGAUAUUGGUAACUCUGUUAACUCUGCUUGUCAUUGCUCAUGCUGCCAGGAGACCCCACACCCCCCAAAACAUUACCUAGCAGAUCAUAGACACCAACUCAGGGACAAUACUUAAUCAGACAUCCCAGACCCACCCUAGAGACACAUGGUUCCCGGAAUUACGAGUAGACUUAGAAAGCCUGUUUCCCCCUUAUACCGGCCACCCCAGGGUUGAUACCACAGGGUUCAGGCGAUAAGACUUUCACUUCUAUGUCUGUCCUGGUGGAAAAGACCGUGGGGACACUUGCGGGGAUGCGGCAGACUACUUCUGCGCCUCUUGGUCAUGUGUCACCACUGGACACAUCUGGUGGACCCCACCACGCACCGGAGAUCUCAUCGUGGUAAUGCGGCCUGGUGGCCCCCGACCACCGUAUGUCUUGGGCCAUGGUAAUCCUGUGUCAAUAUCUUUCACAGAACAAGGAAAAAAGGCAACAGGGAGGGAAGCUGGAAAAACCUGGGGGUCAGGCUUUAUGACAAGGUCAGACUUGGGACUCGAGAUAAAGGAACGUUAUUUACCCUCCGAAUGCAAGGAACCCCCCCUUGCCCAGCAGUCCCUCACAGGGGUAGGACCCAACCAAGUACUAGUCCCCCGACCUGCCCCCGCCAGGGGGCAAGGCCCAGAAACACCCAGCCUCCGGCUAUACGGCCCUCCACAUCCCCUGUCCCUACCGGAGCGUCACCCACAUCUUCUGCCCCGGGUCACAACUUAUUCUCUGAUACAGACUCCCUAUGGAGCUCGGUUGUCAGAGCAUACCAGGUACUAAACACUUCUAGGCCCAACCUGACCACGUCCUGUUGGCUCUGUCUAGAUGUGUGGCCCCCAUAUGACGAAGGUAUUGCCAUUAAAGGCAAUUAUACAACAGCCUCCAACUCUAAGUCCUGCAGAUGGCAGCAGACUACUGCAAGACUAACCCUCCAGGCAAUAACAGGACAGGGCACUUGCAUAGGCCACGUGCCCCCCGGGCAGUCACAUCUCUGUAGUGAAACCCUAACAGUCCCCAGGGAGACAGUGUAUCUACUUCCCCCCAAAAAUGCAUGGUGGACCUGUUCCAGAGGCCUCGCUCCCUGCGUCCACUCCCAAGUCCUUAACUCCUCGAAGGAAGGCUUCUGAAUACUCGUGCAGUUGAUCCUCAAGCUAGUGUACCAUUUGGGGGGGAAAAAUACUUAACAGGUUAGGCUCUACUAACCCCCGAAGUAAAAGAGAGCCUAUUAGAACCCUAACUCUGGCUGUGCUCUUGGGACUGGGAUUAGCGGGGGGAAGGAACUGGAAUAUCCUCACUGGUCAUCCAGGACAAAAACUCCGGAACCCUAAGGGCAGCCAUUGACUUAGACAUAGAAAGAAUUGAGAAAUCAAUUUCUCAUUUACAGGAGUCCCUUAAUUCCUUAUCAGAAGUAGUACUCCAAAACAGAAGGGGAUUAGACUUAUUAUUCAUGCAACAAGGAGGACUAUGUGCAGCCCUAGGGGAAGAAUGUUGCUUCUAUGUUGAUCACUCGGGGGUCGUAAAAGAAUCUAUGGCCCUCAUAAGAGAAGGGCUGCAAAAACAAAAGUUAGAGAACAAUCUCAGUCCUGGUACGAGUCUUUGUUCAACUGGUCUCCCUGGUUAACUACCCUCAUCUCGGCCCUUGCCAGAUCCCUCGCCAUCCUGCUCCUACUAGUAACCCUCGGACCCUGUAUCAUCAACAGGCUGGUCCAGUUUGUCAGGGACCUCGUGGGGGCCAUCCAACUAAUGGUCCUCCAUGCUCAGUACAAGCCCCUAGUAACAGAAGAAGACAAAAUAGAAAUGCAGCCCGUCCCAUGAUUGGGUCCGUAAGCUACAUGACAAGGGGGGAAUGAAAGACCGGACUUAGGCCGGCGGACUCCAUUUUGUUCUGUGUCCUCCAUCUUGAGUGACAAUGUCCGACAUGGCCCCCUUUUCCAGGAAAACUGCAGAAAUUCCCUCUCACCUGCUAAAACCCCCUCCCCUUGAGUAACUUCCCGCUUACCCGUUCAAACUUCCCAUUCAAACCACACCCGGCAACCUGCGCAACAGGACUCUGAUCCUUCCUCAGCCAAUUGGCUAAGGCCACGACCAUCACCCCACCAACUGCCCCUAGACCCCUAUAAAACCUUUGUGCUUUUGAAACUCGCUCUCUCUCUCCGGCAUCUCACCGCUGCAUCGGUGCAGGUAGGAGAUUGAACUUGAGCUAGCUAGAAUAAAGGCUCCUUGCUUUUGCAUCGGA